GUCACAGAACACUACUCUUCUUUUUUUUUCCCCGUCUCAUCUAGGAUAGCUGACUUCUGUCACGUUUAUUUUCAACAGCCGCUUUCAGCUUCCUGCCUCUGCUGUGUUUCCACCUGUGGAUGGGGCAGGAGUGGAGCUGUGGCAUCUGGCAGAGGUUAGCUUUAAUGUGGGAUUUAUCCUGAAGAAGAUAYUUGCAGAAGAAAAAGAAACAUCAUUUGACUCACUGAAGAUAUAAAACCAGCAGAGCCAUGUGGGAGAAAAGGGGAUUUUAGUCUCAAGUGACAGAAUCAAGUCACAAGACGAGAUUUGGAUGGUUUCUCACUAAAUGGAAGUUAUAUAGAAGACCUCUAAUACCAUUUCAUUUCUCCAUCCCACUCCUGCUGCACAGAGACUGUGCUCUUGGCCUUGGACGUUAAUAAAAUGCUGGAUUCAGUCAAGUGUGUCCUGGUGGGAGACUCUGCGGUUGGGAAAACAUCUCUAUUGGUACGUUUCACCUCUGAGACUUUUCCAGAUGACUACAGACCCACCGUAUAUGAAAAUACUGGCGUGGAUGUCUUCAUGGAUGGUACACAGAUUAGCUUAGGUCUUUGGGACACAUCUGGAAGUGAUGCAUUUAAAGGCAUUCGUCCCCUUUCUUACCAACAGGCAGAUGUGGUAUUAAUGUGCUACUCGGUAGCAAACCACAAUUCCUUUUUGAACCUGAGGAACAAAUGGAUCAGUGAGAUCCGCAGCCAUUUGCCCCGCAUCCCYGUUUUGGUGGUGGCCACUCAGACUGACCAGCGUGACAUGGGUCCCUACCAGUCCUCCUGUAUCAGCCCCAUAGAUGGAAAGCGGCUGGCCCAGGAUGUGCGAGCCAAAGGCUAUUUGGAGUGCUCUGCCCUCAGCAACAGGGGGGUGCAGCAGGUGUUUGAAUAUGCUGUGCGGACAGCGGUCAAUCAAGCCAAAAGGCAGAAYAGGCGGAAGCUCUUCUCCAUUAAUGAGUGCAAGAUCUUCUGAGGACUGUCAAAAAUGGUUUUGCUCACGUUUGUUCUAUUUUCUCACAAAGAUACUGCAGCAGMGAAAAUGGGAGAUGAAUCAAAGGAGGGCUCCUGUCAGGACCACAGUGCAGGUGCCUCUUUAUCUGAUCCUCUCCCCUCCAAAACACAUGGGUGCUAUCAUGAAAAACGAAAGGUGCAUAUCCUUAUUCAGAAACCUGUGUUUGGACUUUGCUAGCCUGGACUGGAGCAGGCCUAGCUUGGAGAUCUGCAGAUAAUAGCUGUACUGAUUUUAUUUUUAUUUCUGUCAAUGUUCCUCAGUUGUUGGUUUGUCUGCAUCUGCAUUUAUUUAAUGACCCACUUCUUCCUGGAUCAACCCCCACCUCUGUCCAUGUGGAUUUUUUUUUUACUUAAGAACUUAGCAUAUAAUACCCGACCACUGUGUUUUUUAACCAGAGAAACCAAUUGUCCUAUCCAUGUAACAAGUGGCCUGCAGGCAAGCCUAGCCCUUCUUAGACAUGCCUGAGUCAUUGCGUAACAGUCAUCAGUAUGUCCAGCGUAGGAAUGAUCAAAAUCUUGUGACAUUUGACAGUUGUCCUGCAGUUUUGUGAGAUUUGUUACCUUAGUAGUGUUCCUCAGCAAUGUGGUCAAAGAUUGUAAGCGAAUCUGAUUCUUCCUAGACUUCACUGAGUUACAACCUCACAAGGGCAUGCAGGCAGGGUUGGUUUAGACAUAUAGCUGGGGUGGAAGGGAUGAAUCUCUGCAACCAUUACCUCUGGAGUCCCUGCUGUAAUUUUGGAGGCAAAAGAUUUCACUCUCCAGGGAUGGAAGGUAUGAGCACUUAAAUUCUCAUGUAUUUUUAGUACAUUUCUUUUUGAAGCAGUGGUUUUAGUGAAACUAGUCACCUAGUUAAAGACUGAGUACACAGCAAGGUUGAAUGGGCAUCUUUAGAAUGGCUAAAUUAAUUUUUUUUGACUUUGCAUACUAAGUGUAACUGCCUAGGUUGUAUCCAAGUAAGACUGAAACAGGCUUAACAUCCUGGGGAGCCUGUCAAAUCUAAGAAUCAAAUCCUGAUGCACAYUCUGGGGCCAAGUUACCCUCAACACACAAUGCGGUACAUUCCUCAUGAGUUGUGGCAGUUCCCUCUUCCUCAGGUUAUCUGUCCCCUCUGUCCUGCACCCUGUCUCACAUCUUGCAGAUCUGUCUCAUCGCAAGGGAAUUUCUUAGUGCAGCAAGAUUUUGUUUUUCCGUUUCCUUGCCCUUCAGCUAGCUCAGAAGUGACCUUUGAGGGGCUUAUAGCAGGGUGCCAUUAAAGAUGGCACAUAGCACAGGAUUGUCUUACAUGUGAUGUUGGUGAGCAAGUGUUUGCAUUGUGGGCACCUUGAAUACCAUUGGGGCACAGAACACCUGGUGUGAUUGUCUCACCAGCUCCUAGACUGCUGAAUAUUUACUGCUUAUCCGCCUGACUGUAAGGGAGGCUUCUGAUCAUAAAAAUAUCCUGGUCUCGUGAGGUUUUUAUAUCAGCCUGAAAUCUUUACAAACUUCAGUACCUGAGCACACAAGACACCUAUCUUUCCUGAACUCUUUGCUUUCUUAUUUCUCUUUCUCAAGUGUUGAUUUGUCCCCGAAACACUAAAACUGGUGUAAAAGAAUAUGAAUGGCAUUGUACUUGUGUUGAGUUAAGCAAAUGAUCAGAGAUUUGGGGCCCUCAAUUAAAAAGCUUUUGGCUUUUGGGAGAAAUAYGCUUCUACAUGUCAAUUCUUGCAAUGCAUCUCCACUGAAAGUCUUGGAUUUUGUAACCCUAAUUCAAAAGUAGCCAUUGUUACUGUUUGAACAUUAAAAAGUGCAUGCAAAAUGUUGUGUUAUGAAUUUUCAAAUCUGUUACAAUURGGGACUGCCUUGUUAUGUUUCCCACUCCAUAAAUGGAUUUAAUACCUGG